GAGGCACCCCACUAGUUUAUGGCAGGGGUGGCGCCCGAGGGCUGUGGCCCCGCCCUGAGCCGCCAUUGCGGGGCCUGCGGGGCCUGUGGGGCCGUUUUUCCAUAGCUUUCUUGUCUCUUGUCGCGGAGCAGAGCGGGGCGGCCAGCCUAACAGGGGUGCCUCGGACUGAGCGCGCAUCUUCCCACGGCCAGAGCGCACGGUCCCCAAACAGUACUCCUGCCGGCGGCCCCAACCCAGCCGGAGAGGUGGACAUGAGGUUGGCAGGCCCCUUCCGAAUCGUGGCCCUGAUUGUCACCGUGGGCGUCACCUGGAUCGCACUGAGCAUCCUCCUGGGUGGGCCCGGCAGCCGCUUUCCUCGCAUCCAGCAACUCUUCACCAGCCCAGAGAGCUCAGUGACCGCAGAGCCGCGGGCCAGGAAGUACAAAUGUGGGCUGCCCCAGCCAUGUCCUGAAGAGCACCUGGCCUUCCGCAUGGUCAGCGGGGCUGCCAAUGUCAUCGGACCCAAGAUCUGCCUCGAGGACAAGAUGCUCAUGAGCAGUGUCAAAGACAAUGUGGGCCGUGGACUGAACAUCGCUCUGGUGAAUGGGGUCAGCGGUGAACUCAUCGAGGCCCGGGCCUUUGACAUGUGGGCAGGAGAUGUCAACGACCUGCUGAAGUUUAUUCGGCCACUGCAUGAAGGCACCCUGGUGUUUGUGGCAUCCUACGACGACCCAGCUACCAAGAUGAAUGAAGAGACCAGAAAGCUUUUCAGCGAUCUAGGCAGCAAGAACGUCAAGGACCUGGCCUUCCGGGAUAGCUGGGUGUUCGUGGGGGCCAAGGGCGUGCAGAACAAGAGCCCCUUUGAGCAGGUGAGAGAAUCAAGGAGCCAAGACAGACAGAGGGGCGAGUGCCGCAACAGUGCACGGUCGAUUGAUACUGGCCCCAGAGGAUUGAAAACUCUGUCCCCUGCGCCUGAAGGCCGAGGCUGUAACUCCCUGCUCCCCUGACCCCCACAGCACGUGAAGAACAGUAAGCACACCAAUAAGUACGAAGGCUGGCCCGAGGCGCUGGAGAUGGAGGGCUGCAUCCCAAGGCGGACCGUGGCCAGCUAGCCGGCUGAGCGCGAGGACCAGGCUAAGGGAGGCUGUGUGUGCGCCUGGCCCACGAGGCGGGAGUGGCAGCGGCGCGAGCACAGGGCCGAGGCCCGACCCCACGCCCAGCCAGGGGUGCUUUCUUGUCCCAAUACAUCAGGGACCCAAGGUGAUGACUGGUGACCGGAACGGGACUGGCGGUGGGGGCUCCAAGGGCCAGCCCCACCGCUCUUUGUCAGGGGAGCCCAGGUACUUAUCUCUUGUUCUAAAGCUGCUUCCCCGGUCAGCCCCCACCCAAUUCCCAAGCACCCCCAGCCGCAAGGCCCUGGGUGCUCGCCCCUCACUGCAUAGCCAGCUACUUGGGGCAUCUUCCAGAAGCUCCCCAGCCCAGAGCCGCUCACUGCUCUGUGAGCUGGUCCUGUUUCCAGUGUGAUUCCUUCUGGUGAGCCACACCUGGUGGCUGUGGCAGAGGACCUGGCCGCCUCCUGCCCCAUUCUGCAGGAAGGGGAUGCUUUGGAGCCUGGCGGGCUGGGGCGGCAAGGUAACAAGCCCGGUCACAGUCCCUAGUGCACCGGGUGGCGGCUUCUGCGGUUUAUCAGAGAGCCCACCUUCUAGAUGAAUUCAAUAAAUUGGUGACCCCAGUGGAAUGAA